AUGGAGGCGAAUGCUGCUGCGACUCUGCAAGCUGUGCAGAGGUUAGAUCAAGCAGCUGGAAACAGAAACAGUGAUAGAAACGGGAAUAAUAAUGGGGAAGGAAAUGUUAGAGAGGCGAGGGAGUUGGAGCUUAUGCAACUGAAGCAAGGCUCUUUGUCUGUGGCGGACUAUACUAGUCGAUCUGAGGAGCUUUGUAGGUUCUCUAGGGUGUGUCAGGGUGCCACAGAGACCUAUGAAAGUUGGAAGUGUAUUAAGUACCAAGGAGGCUUGAGGGAUGCUAUUAUGACCGCUGUGGCUCCUCUUGAGAUCCGAAUCUUUUCAGAACUAGUGAAUAAAGCGAAUGUUAUUGAGGAUUGUGUGAAGAAAGUGGCAACAUCAAGAGAUCCUAGAGGAGGAAACACUAACCGUGGACGUGGCAAGUACUUUCAACCGAGGGGUCAGAACUUCAAGUGGGGAGGACAUGCCUUGAUGCCCCUCAUGGUCAAGGCAAUGUUAGGAGACCCACUUUUGAUUAGUACCACCAGGCGAGAGGGAGAGAUAAGGGUGAAAGAGGUUGAUAUUCCGAAAAUUGCGUUUAGGACGCGCUAUGCACACUACGAGUUUAUGGUGAUGUUCUUUGGGCUGACGAAUUCACCUGCUGUGUUCAUGGAUUACAUGAACAGAGUAUUUCGUCCCUUCUUGGACAAAUUCGUGGUGUUUUUCAUAGACGACAUCUUAAUUUAUUCUAAGACAGCGAAAGAACACGAAGAGCACUUAAGAAUUGUGUUGCAAAUCCUGAAGGAGCGAAAGUUGUAUGCCAAGUUGUCAAAGUGUGAGUUUUGGAAAGAAGAAGUAAAGUUCUUAGGUUACGUGGUGAGUAAGGACGGAAUUGCGGUAGAUCCUUCGAAAGUGGAGGCAGUGAUGGAAUAA